AUGCUUCCCCGCGGUCUCAAAUCCGUCAUACUCGUCGUCGUUUUGCUGCUCAUCGCUCUCGGUGUCUAUCUCAGUCCCUUGCAAGUUCACGUCCCCUACGAUCUCCUCCCUUCCAUCGCCAUGGGUCCCAUCACGCACCUCGUUCUGUUCCAGUUCAAGGAGGACGCGUCCUCUUCAGCCAUCAGAGACGAUGCUGCAGCUGAAGGACAACUGCGUCCACCCCACCAGCGGCACUCCCUACAUCGUGUCCGCCAAGGGAGGCAAGGAUAA